AUGAUGGACCGUCGCGCCCUCUCGCCCUCCACGCCUAGCAGCCGCGGGAUGGACAAGUAUGAACAGUUGGCGGUGGUGGGCGAGGGGUCAUACGGCGUGGUGUUGAAAUGCCGACGCCGUGACAACGGGCAGCUGGUUGCCAUCAAGAAGUUCUUGGAGACGGAGGAGGACGCAGCUGUCCGGAAGAUGGCCCUGCGGGAGAUACGGAUGCUCAAGAAACUUCGACAUGACCACCUGGUCAAUAUGAUCGAAGUAUUUCGUCGCAAGAGACGGUUCUACUUGGUAUUCGAAUACCUGGAUCACACGCUGCUGGACGAGCUGGAGGCGGCCCCCGGCGGGCUCGGCGAGGACACCUCCAAGAAACACCUCUACCAGCUGCUGCGAGGCAUCGACUACUGCCACCAGAACUCUAUAAUCCAUAGAGACGUGAAGCCAGAAAACGUGCUGGUGUCCAACAACGGGAUCGUGAAGCUGUGUGACUUGGGGUUCGCCAGGGCUCUUGCGGCGCCGGGCGAGCCCUAUACGGAGUACGUAGCGACCAGGUGGUACAGAGCCCCCGAGCUGCUGGUCGCUGAACACAGAUAUGGUCCAGAAAUAGAUAUCUGGGCCAUUGGAUGUCUUUUUGCUGAGAUGCUGACCGGGGAUCCCUUGUUUCCUGGGGACUCCGACAUCGACCAGUUGGCACUCAUUGUGAAGACUGUUGGCAAGCUAGCGCCGCGGCAUCAGCAGAUAGUCUCACGUCUAGCGGGAGGCGCAGCCUUACCGGUGGCUCCUGGACGCGGGGUGCUCCCAGGAGCAGGCCAUGCUAAGGAUCUCCUCGCUGCCUGUCUGCGGACGGAGCCCCGCGCGAGGCCCACCGCUGCGGCGCUGCUCAGACACAAAUAUUUCAUAGCAGACGGUUUCAUUGAAAACUUCAAUGCGGAACUGCGGAACAAAUUAGGCAAGGAAAUAGAGCCGCCGUCACAAAUGGUGGCGCCGCAACAAGUCGCCGGUCGAGUCGCUGGCAAACCUCGACAGCAAUGGACCCUGAACAUCAUUCCUGAUCAUAGCAGAUCUCAAACGGACAGUACAGCAGGCGAAUCCCUCAUCGAUUACAAUUAUACUCCAAGUUCUGAAACACAAAUAAUGGAAACGACGACUGCGUUUGAGAAGAAGCUUAAGUCUCCAGCCCUCCAGUGUCCACCUAGCCAUGUAACUCACGAGCCUCAUGGCGUCGGUGAGACUCUGCCCCCCGCACCGCGGCCGCCCCCGCCCCGCACCCUCGCCAAGUCUCUCAAUGAUACAUUCCAAACAUUUUCUGUACCAGUGAAUACUUAUCCACGCACUCCUUACAUCAAAAAGGUGAACAACAAGUUGGUAAUGGACGAGGAGCUGCUGCGGGGUCGGGCGGGGGCUAAAAAGGCCACCAAGAAGACUCCAGCUGACUUCUCCCUACCCUAUGUCCCUGGAGCAAGCAACAGCCCGAUGAAGAAAGCCAAGAAGCCCCCAGUGCACCACAAAGGCUACGACUCGUGGGAGGGAGCAAGAGGUGUGGACCCUUGCUCGAUGAAGACACCCACCAACCUACCCUACAUGUGACUAUACGAAACGGGCUUCUGGAAAGCCACUUACUACUAACCGGACCAUACAAC